AUGUCUGGGCCCAACCUACAUAACGCCCUUCUACGUCCCCCCAUUAUCCAGAUCCUGCGAGCUGCUGGUUUCCAUGCAACGCGUCCAUCCGUAUUAGAUACACUCGCCGAUCUCACUGCUCGCUACAUGAUGAUUCUCGCUUCCUCUGCCACUGCUCAUGCCUCGAACGCCCAUCCGAACGACCCCACGCCCGUGCUGGAAGACAUCUACCAGGCGCUACAGGACACUGGCGCCCUACGACCACAACUACGAGGAUGGGAGGAGGAUUGGCAAUGUGAUGAAGAUAUGCGAGGACUAGAGGGAUUUCUCUCGUGGUUUACGGGCCCUGCAAACCAGGAAAUUCGACGGAUUGCAGGGUUUGUGCCUAGUGAAGGCGACGUGGUCGACACCGAUUUCCUGGAAAAGGAAGAUUUCUUGAUGGUUUUGAAGAAGAAACAUAGUAAAACGGGGGAGGAAUCUCGAUACGCGGGCACUGUACUGGGGAAAAGUGCAGAGGAGCAUCCAAUUGUUAUCGAGGGUGGUGCUCCUAGCAUUCAAGAAUGGGGCACCCAGGUGCGAUCGCGUGCUCCGUACUUCGCAGAGAGUGACUCGUCAGGUGUGAGCAGCGCCCCUAGCAAUUUGUCAGAUGCAGAUGGUAUGGAUGUGUGA